AUGCCCGAGUUUCAAAUUCGCAACAUCAUGUGCCCCUUCGACUGCCGCUACGGACUUGGGAACAAAAACGACUCGCUCUGCAGACAUCUCAAGCCCGUUCAUCUCGAAAACCUUGCAGCAGAGCUGUUGGAAUUCGAACUGUCUCAAGUCGAACCCUCCGAGCUCUUCAAAUCCGUGCAGUUGUACGUCGACGACCCGGAAUUCUGGAGCAACUGCUUGGGACUCGGCGAGAAGCUCCACCGCCACGCGCCAGUCUGGAUUCAAGAAGCGUUCAUCGAGUCUACGCGACACCAGCUCCUUCGUUUGAGCGGCGCGAAAAUGGACAACAACAACUACCGAUUGUUCAUCAAACGCAUCGAACAGCUGAUGAUGCUGACAUCUCAAUGCGACAUGCAAUUUUUACUCAGCGACAUCGACUACUGUAUCAGCAAUGUCACUCGAGCCAACUCUUUUUAA